CGCGACACGAACGCGGUCAUUCCUUAUUCUGCCACCACCGUGUACUCAACUUACCUCGUCCAAAAAAUUCUUGGCCAUGCUUGAUAGUCCCGAGGCUCCUCGCUUCGAAGUUUUAUCCGAUGCUACCAAUGUUAGAGAGAGCCUGCACUUCCACGCAUCUCAGCUUCCAACACCAGCUACACUACUAGACGAUCGAAAACCAAAGCGCCGUAUAUCACAAUCUGACGAAACACCUACGAAAAAGCCGAGACUGUUGGUCACAGAGUCUAGCAAUGAUGCAAUCGAUUUUGAUGUUGAAAUGGACGAUAUUGUCGUCAAAAGACGAGGUUGUCGUCGCACAGUGUUUCGAACGUUAGGUCUGGCUUCCAAUAGCUAUCCUGCUGAAUCUCAUCGAAUGCUCUUGCCAUCUCGCAACAUUCUUCAGUCAUUUGUGUCCUCACAUACAUCAGAUGUUUUCAAAUGUCAUUCAAGAACAGUCGACUCUUUCGUCACACCCCCUUACGCCUGUUCAUACUCCAAUGAGGCAAAACGCGGUGGCGUACCCCUUCUUGCCGUUGCCACGGAACAAGGGUCCAUCCACAUUCUCGAUACGACCAAACGGAAAGAAUGGGAUUGUGAGCCUGCACGGGUGACCCUCGAGCCCCAUGACAAUGGUAUCUUUGACGUCAAGUGGAAUGCAGGCGACACUCUUCUCGCUACGGCAUCCGGAGACAAAAGCACCAGAAUAUCCUCUGUAGAGACACAACAAUUACUUUCUAUUCUGGACGGCCAUACCAGCACCGUAAAAUGCCUUGCGUGGGAUCCAGCGCAUCGAGACCUCUUGACUACGGGUGGUAGGGACGGAAUGCUUUGCUUGUACGACCUGCGUGUCAACAACCCAUCUGACGGAGAUGAAAUUGCCGCAAGAAGUGCUGUGAUCACGAUCACCGCUGCUCACGGACAGGAUAAAGUUUCUGGAGGCAGACACAAGAUUCGACCUUUGCCUAGGGGUAUCACAAAUAUUCUUUACCCUAAUGACCGGCCGCAUGGACUAGUCAGUAGCGGAUCUUUUGAUGGCUUCUUACACUACUGGGACCUUCGCUUUCCUUCGGACAAGUCAUCAAAGCGUAGCCCCAAAAAACCGUCAUACAAGCCGCUGUUUUCCUCUACAAUGGAUCCGACUACAUUUCAUGGUGCUCGUUGUCGAGGUAUCACAAGCAUGUCUCAAGGAUCAGGUUCCAGCGCAGGCCUCCUCUUCGCUCUCGGCGCCGAUUCUCGCUUGUACAUCUAUUCUUACCCCACCCUGACCCCACUUCGCAGUGAAGCCCACCCGAACCUCCAAACGAACUCGUUCUAUGUCCGACUAGCUACUUCUCCAUGUGGACGCUGGCUCGCAAGCGGCAGUACAAACCGAGCUGGAAGCUUGUUCCUUUUUGAUAUCAGCAAUGCUGGCAGAGUAGCACCAUCUUACGCUAAGGGGGCUGAUGAACCAAUUUCCCCAACAGUCCGUUUCCGUGGACAAUCUGGUGAAAUCGGAGCAGUCGACUGGGCAAAGGACAUGGUCGCGAGCUGUGCUGAUGACGGGACAGUACGAAUUUGGCGGCCUGAUUUGGAGGUGUACCAAAACUGUAUCUCGAACUCGGAGGAACAAAAGUGGGAUUGGUUUUGGUCCACCUAAAUUCGUUGACCUACAUAUCUUGGUGUGAGUGUAGCAC